AUGUCCUCAAGCACCCCUCAGGAUCAGUUCGCUGCUCUCGUUGCUAAGGGUGGCAAGUUGAAUGAAGCCGACAUCGAGACCAGUUAUAACAAGCUCCCGGCUCUUCCCAUUGAUUUCCUCCGCGGAGAAUGGAAGGGCGGAAGCUUCGAUACAGGUCACCCCGGCCACGCCCAGCUCUUAACGAUGAACUGGCUUGGAAAGACCUUCCACUCCACCGAGAAAGUCGACCCUAUUGUUGUGUCACAGGAUGGAAAGCGGGUAUGCGAUGAGAACUGGGGUCAUGCCGUGCUCCGUGAAGUUCGUUUCCGUGGUAUUGUGUCAACAGCUAUGAUCUACGAUAAGCAUCCUAUCAUUGACCACUUCCGCCAUGUUAAUGACAAGCUCAUUGCUGGCGCCAUGGACACUAGCAGCUUUGGUAACUCCGGUACCUACUACUUCUACCUUUACCAAUAA